AUGUCUAAACUUCUCAAUGCUGUCACUCUGCUCGGUGCAGGCACUCAAGGCUCGCGCCUUGCUUUCAUGUGGUCUCGCCAAGGGAGACCAGUCUACCUUGUCGACAAAAGCCCUGCCCAGCUAAAUCAGGCAUUAGCUACCAUACAACGGCUAAGAGCCUCCGAACCAGCUGGGAAGGGUGGCAAAAUAACCAGUCUCACUGUUGACGAUCUGGACCCAGCGCUCCGCGACUCUUGGCUCGCUAUUGAGUGUGUCCCAGAGGACCUGGAAUACAAGCGGUCCGUGAUGCUGGACCUCGAUAGUAGAUCGCACUCCCAGACAAUCAUCGCGUCAAACUCGAGCAGUUACUCAAUCUCGGACAUUUGUCAUGGACUAUCCCUCAGAGCAGAUGACCGUUUCGUCAACCUGCAUUCCUUCUGGCCACCUGAGACAACAGCGAUCGAAAUCAUGGGCUCCAGCCAAACCCGACCCGACAUCAUCCCUCUACUUAUGAAGGAAACCCAUGACCAUGGAUUCCAACCCUUCCACGUCCGCAAGUCCUCCACAGGCUACACCUUCAACCGCAUCUGGGCCGCCAUCAAGCGCGAGACACUCAUGGUCUUAGAAGAGGGCAUCGCUACGCCCGAGGAGGUGGACCAAAUCUACAAGUGUGGCCCCUGUGAGCUGAUGGACAUUGCUGGAUUGGAUGUGAUUCUCGCCGUCGAAGAACAUUACGCCAAAGUGAGGAUGGGAAUUCCUAAUGCGCCGCGCAAAUACCUACGAGAGAUGAUCGAACGGGGUGACCUGGGUGUCAAAUCCGGCAAUGGCUUCUUCAAAUAUAGUACUUAA